AUGAAGUCCUUCAACCUCUCCGCCAUGAUGCUGGUGCCGGCGGCCCAGCUCGUCAUGGGCGCCUUCGCCGACGACUGCAGCGCCCUCGCCACCACCCUGAAGCUGCCCAACACCACCGUCUGGUUCUCGACCGCCCUCCCCGCCGGCACGAACAUCACGUUCCCGGAGAACCACCCGACGUGCGGCCGCCCUAACCAGGUCAUCAACGUCGACAUCUGCCGCGUGUCGAUGCUGACGACCACGGGCCCCGCGAGCAACAUCUCUCUCGAGGCCUGGCUCCCCUCCAACUGGACCGGGCGCUUCCUGAGCACCGGCAACGGAGGAACCGGCGGCUGCAUCCAGUACGAGGACAUCUCCUAUGCCGUGUCCCGCGGCUUCGCCGCCGUCGGUGCCAACAACGGACACAACGGCACCAUCGGCUCGCCGUUCCUCAACAACCCGGGCGUCAUCGAGGACUUCGCCUACCGCUCCCUGCACACCGGCGUCGUCAUCGGAAAGGAGACGACCAAGGCCUUUUACGGCAAGGAGCACACCAAGUCGUACUACCUCGGAUGCUCGACCGGCGGCAGACAGGGCUUCAAGGAGGCCCAGGAGUUCCCGGACGACUUUGACGGCAUCGUGGCCGGCGCGCCCGCCCUGUCCUUCACCAACCUGACCUCCUGGAGCGGCCACUUCUUUACCGCCACCGGCACCCCGGACAAGCCGACCUUCCUGUCGGCCGCCCUCUGGAACCUCGUCUACAAGGACGUCCUGGCGCAGUGCGACGGUCUUGACGGCCACGUCGACGGCAUCAUCGAGGAUCCGGACCUGUGCCACUACCGCCCCGAGGCCCUCAUCUGCGGCACCGGCCAGACCGAGAACUGCUUGACCGGCACCCAGGCCGAGACGGUCCGCACCGUCUUCGGCGACCUGUACGGCCUGGACGGGACCCUCGUCUACCCCCGUCUCCAGCCCGGCGCCCAGGCCACGGCCAUGCUGCUCGCCGGCCGCUCGUUCGCCUACACGACGGACUGGUUCCAGAACGUCGUCUACAACGACACCAACUGGGACCCGGCCACCCUCGGCCCCAAGGACUACGCCGCGGCCGCCGCGCAGAACCCGGGCAACAUCCAGACCUGGAACGGCGACCUCUCGGCCGUCCGGGACCGCGGCACCAAGGUGCUGCACUACCACGGCCUCCAGGACCCCAUCAUCAGCAGCGACAACUCGGCGCGCUACUACAACCACGUCUCGCGCACCAUGGGCCUCACCUCGGCCGAGCUCGACGACUUUUACCGCUACUUCCGCAUCUCCGGCAUGAACCACUGCAGCGGCGGGCCCGGCGCCAGCUUCAUCGGCAACCAGGAGAAGGCCGUCGCCGGCUACGAGCCUGAGCGCAACGUCCUCUCGGCCAUUGUCCAGUGGGUCGAGGAGGGCGUCGCCCCGGACUCGAUCCUCGGCACCGCCUUCGUCAACGGCACCAAGGGCGGCGAGGUCGCCUUCACCCGUAAGCACUGCAAGUACCCGACGCGCAACGUGUACAAGACGGGAGAUCCCAACUCGGCGGAUAGCUGGAACUGUGUUUAA